CCAGUCUGAGGCAGGUGCCCGACAUGGCGAGUGCUGUGCUGCCGAGCGGAUCCCAGUGUGCGGCGGCGGCGGCGGUGGCGGCGGUGGCGGCGCCUCCCGGGCUCCAGCUUCGGCUUCUGCUGUUGCUUCUCUCUGCCGCGGCACUGAUCCCCACAGGUGAUGGACAGAAUUUGUUUACAAAAGACGUGACAGUGAUUGAGGGAGAAGUUGCAACCAUCAGCUGCCAAGUCAAUAAGAGCGACGACUCUGUGAUUCAACUGCUGAAUCCCAACAGGCAGACCAUUUAUUUCAGGGACUUCCGGCCUUUGAAGGACAGCAGGUUUCAGUUGCUGAAUUUUUCUAGCAGCGAACUCAAAGUGUCAUUGACAAAUGUCUCCAUUUCUGAUGAAGGAAGAUACUUUUGCCAGCUCUACACUGACCCCCCCCAGGAAAGUUACACCACAAUCACAGUGCUGGUGCCACCCCGCAAUCUGAUGAUCGAUAUCCAGAAAGACACUGCGGUGGAAGGUGAAGAGAUCGAGGUCAACUGCACUGCCAUGGCCAGCAAGCCAGCCACGACCAUCAGGUGGUUCAAAGGGAACAAGGAGCUGAAAGGCAAGUCGGAGGUGGAGGAGUGGUCAGACAUGUACACUGUGACUAGUCAGCUGAUGCUCAAGGUGAACAAGGAAGACGAUGGGGUCCCGGUGAUCUGCCAGGUGGAGCACCCUGCCGUCACCGGAAACUUGCAGACCCAGCGGUACCUAGAAGUACAGUAUAAGCCUCAAGUGCAUAUUCAGAUGACUUAUCCUGUACAAGGCCUAACCCGGGAAGGGGACGCGCUUGAGUUAACAUGUGAAGCCAUCGGGAAGCCCCAGCCUGUGAUGGUAACUUGGGUGAGAGUCGAUGAUGAAAUGCCUCAGCAUGCUGUACUGUCCGGGCCCAAUCUGUUCAUCAAUAACCUGAACAAAACAGAUAAUGGUACAUACCGCUGUGAAGCUUCAAACAUAGUGGGGAAAGCCCACUCGGAUUAUAUGCUGUAUGUAUACGAUCCCCCCACAACUAUCCCUCCUCCCACAACAACCACCACCACCACCACCACCACCACCACCACCAUCCUUACCAUCAUCGCAGACACAACGGCGACGACAGAACCAGCAGUUCACGGCCUUACUCAGUUGCCCAAUUCCGCAGAAGAACUGGACAGUGAGGACCUCUCAGAUUCCCGAGCAGGUGAAGAAGGCUCCAUCCGCGCGGUGGACCACGCCGUGAUCGGCGGUGUCGUGGCCGUGGUGGUGUUCGCCAUGCUCUGCUUGCUCAUCAUUCUGGGCCGCUACUUUGCCAGACAUAAAGCACCCACAAGUCUCUGGCACCCCUUCUCACCACUCACCUCCAGCAGCCGUGAGACCUCACAAGAAGCAGUGCCUGCAGAAGCGGAAAGAAAAAGACACGGCAGAGUGGAGAAGAACAACUCCAGGAAAACCAGCGGAGAGAGCUCAGACUAGGUGCCAGCCUGGGGCUCCAGAGACAGAGGUGGCUGUGUGAAGGCCACCGCUCCAGUCCUUGCACAAGGUUGGGGCCCUUCCCUGUGGCCCUCAGGAAUGCCAAGAAGUGUAGUUCUCUCUGCUAGCUUCGCUCUCCAGCCCUGUCACCGAGCCACCUCUGACCCAGCCCUUAGUUAGGGGCCGCUGGGAACUAAACUCCCUUUGGCGGGUCAAGAGGGAAGAGCUUCCAGGUCACAGGUGUUUGGAAGUCUGCAAGGACAAAGCCGCAUGCGGUGCUUCAGCCCUAGGUUGCAGCUUUCAGACUCUUUCUGCCAAUGCAUGUCAAAAGCCAUGUGUUCCUUCACCCCAGAGUGCCUCCCCAUCCAUGCCUUCCUGCCGGAGAGGUAGGUAGAGGGCGCAGGACGACGGCAAGCUGCUGCCAGCCCGCUCUCUCCCUUCCACUCUAGUGCAGCCGCAAAUACCCCCAGCCGAGUUACUGCCACUCCCCCACUGUGUUCAUUCUCAGCUUCUCCUAAAUGGAAACCAUUAAUCAUACUAAAUUGUGCAAUGAUUCCCUGAUAGGGAGAAUGCUGAUGGCAAAAAUCAUUCUCCUUUGUUGUGCCAGGCAGGCAAAAGGCAGAAGUAUUAGCUCAUUGCCCUGCCUGGCUCCUUGCAAAUGCUGACCAUGUGUUUACCCAUGCAGCUGCUUCUAUGCACACAGCUUAUUUUAGCACCGGUCUAAGGCAUUCCAACUGUUGACAAAAACGAAGUGCCCAGGCACCCCUUUCUUAUUCCAAGGACUGCCAGGAAGACCGGUAGCCUGGGGUGCUCCCUGAAGUCUCCCCAGCUCAGCAAUGCCCUGGGUCUCCUGUGGAACGUCCACGGUGGUCUCAGAUGGGGUGAACUGGUGGGGUAGACUGUGCCCCCACACACACUUCUGCCAGCUGGGUUGCAGAAGAAGCCAGGUGUGAGUACCAAGGAGGGUUUUUGCCUUUCAGAAUUUGAUGUCUGCUUCGCUUUCGACAAGCCUCUUUGUAAGCCACCCCUUCUGAAUUAGAAUCAUUUUCCAAAAGCUCUUAAGCUAUGAUUAAUGCCAGGGCUGUUUUUAACAAUCAUCCUGCCAGUCUUAAGCUGUAGUCAUUUUCAAUAAUUUGGAGUGCUCAAAGGCAAGCCAGGAGUUUGUUGACAAGAAAACCCAUAAGAGCGCAGCCAGGCAGCCACAAAAGAUGGAAAAGCAAAGGGACCAUUUGGGCUUAGCUGGCUUUCUGCUCCCAGAGUUUCACCACUAAAAGUUUGAUUGAACGCUCACAAUGCAUUAAGGAUCCCAACUGUGAGCACCGCUCAGCUAGAGGGCUGCCAGCCUGGCUUUUGUGUGAACAAACGCGCAGCGUGUUCGGAGAGCUUCUGGUUUAUUUAUGGACAUGUGUGGUUCAUUCAUGCCAUCCCCAAACCAGAGAGUCCUCAUUUGUCUUCUCUUUGCCAACAUCAAAGGCUGAGAAAGAGGCGCGGGGCGUUGCUUGGGGGCUGUUUACUUCCCGUGAUUGCGAGCAGGUCCCCAGCCAGGACUCGGGACUCCAGCACCACCGCUGGCCCCAGCCAUCCCCUGCCAUGUGGACCAGAGUCGUUCUCUUUCUAAUCUUGGCGAUUUCAUGCUAGAGAAUCCAUCUGUUUGAGAAGCCCACACCGAAGCUAUGGCUAGAAAUGUCCAUGAUCACAGAUUUUCUUAGACUCCGCUUCAGAUGGUACUUAUUUCUAGCAUGUCACUCCUCCGUAGGGAAGGGUCAACUGUGGGUGACAGUUUAACCCAGUGAAUUGGGUGUGAUUGAUGGCGAUCAGGGUCUCAUGCCAAGCCCUCCACCUCACCGGCCAGCAGCUAGGGUCAGUAGCUAGCCAGGGAGGAGGCCAACUUUGGGAGACUGCUUAGAGCUUUCAUUAGGUAACUUCCAACAUUCUUCCUUCCACCUUGAAUCACAACAGGGACCCCCCCCCCUUGUCCUGCAUUCCCUGUCCUCAGAAAUAUGUGUGGUGUCCCCUCUAGGUCCCUGAUAAUUUCAAACUCCUUUCUCCUGAAGCAGAAUGAGUGGAUUUCCACUGUUGGCCCAGGGUCAUGUUUCUUAGCGAGAGCACCCUUCCCCCCCCCCCCAAAUUACGUUCUACCAGUGAUGCUUCCAAGCCAACUCUUACCCAGCCACUUAAAGGUUUUCCUGGCAGCUUUUCAGGGCCUGUCUGGGGCAUUAUGUCUCUAGCAGGGCCUUGCCUUAGGAGUUUAGGCUCGGGGCAAUGAAGUUUCCUGUAAACCUGCUUCUUCCCCGCGUUCCUUUCUCAGUGAUCAGCAACAUCAGCCCUGUGGACUAGAAUCCUGGAGUCUUGUUUCAUCCCUCCAUCUCUUGUAUCUCUCACUUCAGCUGUCCCCCAAGUCCUGCCCAUUGUCCCCUAAAUGCUUCUCAAUUUGAUCCAACCUGUCACCUCUGUGUCACUCCCUUCAUCUAAGCCUUUGACCGUCAGGCUCAGGAAUGUAACAGCCUCUGCUGGUUACUGUACAUCUCUCUCUCUAAACCCAUCUUCAGCUCUAAACUGAAGCACACCAGGUCCCCCUGCUGCUUGGAAACCAUUCGUGGUUGACCUAUAACUGUAGAAUAAAUAAAUCCUCGCAAUCUGCCAUCAACUUAGCCUGCCCAUUCAGUCUCUCCCAGCCCCCUGCACUCAGACCCCCACCCUCAAUACAUUCCGUUGCCGGCUCACACCUCUGUGCCUUUGGACAUGUGGAGAGCACCUGUGGAGAGCACCUGCGGUUACUCUCUGCACCUGCCCAGCCUCCCACGCUGUGCUGGGUUGGUGUCCGUAUCACCCAUCUGAACUGUGCGUUUUCCUUCCUUCCUUCCUCAGUGCUCAGUGAAUUCCUUGAGAGUAGAGAUGAUUGGCUCCAUCUCUUUCUUGGAAACGGAGCAGUCUCUGGUCCCGUGCUCACUGAUUAUUGACUACGGGAGAUUUGGUUCCAUCUGUGCAUGGAUUUUGGCCUUUCAUCUGUCUGUCUCUUUCCCGGAAAUACCCUGGACACGCCUGCUCUCUUCCUGCUUUCUAGCCAGCAAUGCUGUAGUUCCUAGAACUCCUUCUGUCUGCUCUGCUGGCUUUCUCAGUUUUAGAUUUGGUUUCCGGCUGUCCUGGCCAACAUCCUCCUCCCCCCCCCCCCCCCCCCUCUUCCCUUCUUCUCUGGGUGGUUUGAUCCAUUAAGGUCAAGAUGUACAGGGCCUAUGUCCUAGAAACACUUCACGGUCCUGUGACCAUACUUGAGAACUGGAAAGGAAAAAUGAUGGACUCCAAAAUACAGAGAAACAAACCUGUAAGAUCAAAAUGAUGACAUGUUUAAUUCUGUAUCUGCAAACCCUUAACAAGUCGCCCUGCAAGCUGCAGCCAAACUGAGGAAUUACAUAUACAUUACACCCAAAAUAAUAAAUAAAUAAAAUAAAUUGUAUCCAUGCGGAUUUGAAUGUAUUUGAUGCAGUGCUGCGUAGAGCUUCCAAAAACACAGUCCUGAAAAGGUUUUUGAACCUCUUCUUUUCUUCUCUUCUUCUCCUCUCCUCUUCCCCUGCUCUCUCCCCUGCCUUCCCCUCCCCUCCUCUGCUGAAUCUGUACCCCAAACCUGGGUGUACAGACCAGGUUCUGGAUGGGGCCAGCCCAGGGAAAGACCCCAGGUACCCAAUGGGCAGAGUGUGAUUGAUCUGUGAGCCAUCAAGCCCUCCUGCAAAGCUGACACUUUGCAAGAAUUUAACAAAUACACCCACAGAGCAGUUCAGCUUUCUAUGCUGCGCUCCGGGAAAUAGGCACAGAACACUGUAAACUUUCCCCAGUGACUGCUUCUCCGGGUUUCAGCAAUGCAGUCUGUAGAGAUAACUGCCUGGCAUGUUCAGCUUCCAAUCUGUACAGCAAAUUGUCAGCGUGGACACCCUGGGCUUUGGAGGGCAGGUGACUUUUCUGCCCCUCUGUUGUCUUCUGGCUUUUGGGUUUUGUUUUGGUUGCAUGGGAGGAGGUGGGCGGGUGGUGAUGAGCUGAGACUCCAGGAGCCGGUAUUCAGAAGUACUGCUCCCAGCUGUGCCUCUGAUUCUGCUUGUGACCUUGGGCAAAUCGCUUCCUCCCUGGGUCCUGCUCUCCAGCUAUAAAGAGCCUCAAUCCCAAAUUGUUUCCAGUUAUUUGUUUGUGAAGUACUUUGACAUCUCAGAUCCUGAACACAGUAAAGAGCAAAAAUAUUGCCGUUGUGAUAGUGCAUUUAAAACCCGAAUAAAAUGCAUUGCCAGCUCUGGCGCUGAAAAUUAAAAAGCUGUAAUAGUUGAUGACUAAUUCUACUGUUGCUUUCUGGUAUCUUUUCCAUGCUGAGAUCAUCCAGUUUUUGCCCUUUUUUUCUUUCAAAAUAAAUAAAGGCUCCUUU